AUGGAGGAUCCUGACCGAGACUGGAAGCCCUCUGGCCGCCCGCAAUCAACAAUUGCUCGCAACUUCUCCGCCGAGCUCGACAGCCUGUUCAAGACCGACGGAGAUUUAGAUACCCUAGACCGCACUGUCCAUCAGAAGAAGCAGAUAGUGUCAACCCACACGCAGGAGCUCGAAGCUCUCGAGGCCAAGCUACGCGAGACCGAGGAGCGUCUGAACAAGGCCAAGACGUCGCCGACGGCUGCCUUCUCGCGCAAGAACAGCCAGCGCCGCACACCCAUUCAGGGUACCUUUGCCGAAGCCGACAAGGCCCGCACCUCAGAGUCCAACAGCCCGCUGUCCCAGUCCGAGAACACCAUGCCAGGAUCAAUGCCAGGAGCGAUGCCAGAGACUCCUCAGUCCCACAACGGCCGCGACUAUGUCAUGGUCGACAGACACGAUGAUCAUGCUAACGGAGACGCAGAGAGCGUGCGGCCGCAGCCAUAA